GGUGGAGAGUGUUCUGUUCUGGCUAGAACGAUUGUAAUAAUAGUCAUCAAUGUGCAAUUAUAACCUCUAGCAGAAUCUUUACUGAAUUUAUCUGUUCAGUUGGUAAAAUGAUGCAUUUGCAAUAUUUUUUUUUGGAUGCAAUAUUAUAUUAGAUUCAAAACAGGAUGAUAACUAAUAGUGUGGAUUAUUUAGUCACACUGAACUGUACUAGUUAGUUGUAAGUAAUUCCACUAUUUUGUUAAAAUGCAUGGCUAUCAAGUUCCUUAUUAAACAAAAAGCCUAUUGAAACUCAGUUGAGGAUGAGUCAUUACAUUGUUGUCGGUGAUUGUGCUGCAUUGAAGGUUCCUUUAGUACACCGAGUGGCAUUCCACGCAGGUUUUCUUUCCAUUAAAACCCAAAGUGAUUACAUCAAUAUGUACAGAGUUCACAAAUGCCCUUGUGUUCUCAGAUAUUACAUGCACUGGUACUCCUUGCCAGAGAGAAACAUGUGGAGCAGUGAGAGCUUGUUGGCUGUGUUUUUAAACGAGUUCAGCACUAGAUUUUAGGUGUGGUCUAGCAGCUAUGUUCAGGCUGUAAUCAUAUCAUUCCUCCCUCCACUGUAUCUGUUUGCAUUUACGAUAAGCAGCAGUGGAGUGUUCCCAUCGCCUGAUUUCAGAGGUGAGUUUUCUGCACACUCUCCUCAGCCUAGAUCAAUGUUUUCCGCAAAGGAACAUUCCAGAAUGUAUUUUUGGAAGCUACUCGUUCGCAGCCUGGUUUGAGAGAACAAAUGCUUUGAAAAAGAACAUCUGCAGUCCAUUUAAAAUGAAGAUUUAGUGGAGACGUCGGUUGGUGAAGAUGCAGAGGGAGAUGGUAUACACAAAAGAAGCUCCUCCUUCCUUCCGCCACCAUGGACCUCUUCCUCACGGACCACCAAAUUCUCCACCGAUAACUCAAUCAAUGCCACCUUCACCAUCCAGAAUCCCGUACAAUGGAGGAAGGACCUUACCUAUGCCAGGCAGUGCCACUGUCCCUCGGGACCGGCUGUCCAGCGUGCCACCAUCAAGGUCCAUAUCCCCCAGUCCGAGUGCCAUCUUGGAGAGGAGAGAUGUGAAGCCCGAUGAAGAUAUGAGUGGUAAAAAUAUUCCCCUCUUCCGAAACGAAGGUCUGUACGCUGAUCCUUACAUGUAUCACGAUGGAAGAAUGAGUAUCGCUUCAUCUGGUGCAGGAAUCCCCGGGGAUGUACCCGAUCACAUGCUGUACCAUCGGGCUUCGCUGAGGUCUGGUAACCCAUACCAAAACGCCAGUGGGCAAGCUGACAUGAUGGAACAGCCGAUGUACAGAACGAAGCCCAGGAAAUACUCUGAUGGCUAUGCACCAGCAAUUAGCUCCAAAACACCACCACCUUCUCCUCAGAAGUUAAGUGAAAUGCGCAUGAUUGAUAUACACGGGCAGAGCACUCACAUGGCUCACCUGGCCCAGCUUGACAGAUCAUCUUCCGUACGAAACUCCCUCAGGAAAGACUCUGGGCCAGCGAUGGUCAUGGAAUCCUCAGUGAUCAAGUCGCGCAGCGCUGCUUCCUCGCCUUCCAUUUCUGAUGUGGUGCCGUUUUCAGCUGAUAAGCUAAUGCCAGGCUACGGUGGGGCUGCAGGGACACCAAAUGAUCCAGAGACCAGGGAACGAAUGAAAGCUAUGGAGAAACAGAUUGCUAGUUUGACGGGACUUGUUCAGUCUGCACUGUUCAAGGGAGGCAAUGGUACAAAAGAACUUCCCAGUGAGAAGUUAAAAGGUGUGCCACAAACCAUCAUCAAUGAGAUACAAGGUGUAACAAGUGAAACCUCAGUGGUGAUUCUGGAAUCUUCGGGCGUGGCUGCCCAACCCUCUGCUUCCUGUCAGCAGAAAAUUCAAAGCAACGUGUAUGAUUUACGGAAGAAUAUUCAUGACCUGCGCAUGCAGCUUCAGCAGUUGAGACAAUCACAGCUCACAAACCAAGACACACUCAAAGCAAUGUUCAAGAAAGCAGAGUCUGAAAUAAACGGCAGGGUAAUUGAAGCAGUGAGGAGAACAGAAGACCCUCUGCAGAGACAGCGUAUACUGGUGGAAGAGGAGCGACAGAAUUACUUGGCUGAUGAAGAGAAAAUAAUACAGCAACUCUGUGGGUUGGAGAAAUCCAUAGAUGGGCUGAAUAAGGAUGCCUCAUCUACCCAGCAACUCGUCACCUUGAAGGAUGUGGAGGAAGGGGCCUUUGCACUGCGCCAUGUGGGUGAAUCUCUGGCAGGUCUCAAAGUUGAGUUCCCCACUUUGCAAAAUAAAAUGCGAGCAGUUCUGCGUGUGGAGGUGGAAGCGGUGAAAUUUUUGAAGGAAGAGCCGCACAAGUUGGAGAGUCUACUAAAGAGAGUCAAGAGUAUGACUGAGGUGCUCACAAGUUUACGGAGACAUGUAACUGAAGACCUUUUGAGAGGAGUAGAGUGUCCUCGUCCAUCACAGACAAGCAAUACUGAAACUACUGUCACGGCUGAUGAGACUGAAAUGGCCAAAGAUUCUCCUUUGCGAGUUCAGGAGCCGUCUAAUGCUGCACAAGCUGCUCCACCUCUGAGCCCCUCGGGCACACUCUCCGAGGCUCAGAAUUCCCUGGUGAAAUCGGAGUCACGUUUGGUCGUCCACCAUGUUCAAAGUUCUCCCGUCCUAUUCCACCAAUCUCGCCACUCCUCGGCAUUGCUUCAUUCUACCCCGAGUCCUCUGGUCUUGCCCAAGCAACCCCACAGUGUUCAGCCACAGCUUCAGAUCAUUAGACCAUCUCAGGAGUUGGCGGAUGGAGUAUCUCAGACCCAAAGUGCUGCAGUUCACCAGUUUCAGAGCCCGCCAUCAAAUGCCCAGGCACCUCCUGGUCAGAACCUCUUCUUUGAUGAAAUUCAUGCUGCAACAAGUACCAAAAAAGGCAUUCACCGAAAAAUGACUAUCGAGGCAGCAGAGAAAGAGUGGGAAGAGAAGAGGCUGAACAUGAAUCAGUACGACGAGAAGCAAUUUGAACGACUUUUGGAGGAGGCGCAAGCUAACAUGAUGAAGGGAAUUCCUAGCCUUGAAGUAGAACCGGAUCAGAAAACAACCGUAAAAGCAGAGGAAGUGGACGGGAUCAAACAAUUAGAAGAGGUGCCAAUGUUUGAAGCAGGGAAUGAGAAGCCGAUGAAAUCUCCUCCGCCACCACCACCUCCACGCAGAUCGUACCCACCUGGUUCUGGACUGACCACGACGAGGUCUGGAGAAGUGGUACUUACUGUCAAGAAGGAGAGCAGUCCUGUUACAUCUGAAGAGAACAGCCCAGUGCUGCUCAAAUCUCCAAGAAGUCCCGUGGAUGUAAAGGACCUGACACUGACGGCUGCACCAAUAGCAGCGUCUGCCAUCAAAGAAGAUGAAGAUGAGGGCACCCGGAUAAUGGCUGAGUUACAGGCUUUCCAGAAAUGUUCAGUUAUGGAUGUAAGUUCCAAAUCAGUUGUUGAACAUCCGAAAGUUGAAUUGCAAGCCAGAGAUGUAAGGUCCACAACCUUAUCACCCAAAGAAAAGAAGCAGAAACCAGACACUUUUGGCGAGCAGGUUAUAUGCACAGAGAAUGAACACAAAGUUAUGCUGGAUUCUGAAGUGGUUUCUUGCGAUACAACAAUGGCCUCCAAUGUGUUUGUAUUCCACGAUAUUCAACCAGCUUUUACUGAAAUGGAGCUUCCGCCACAGGAUGAGGUUCCUCUGUAUUCAUCACACCAUAAGGUCACGUCACAAUGCUUAGAUGAUGAAGAAGAGGAAUCUGUGGUUUAUCAGCCGGACGUUACCAUUCAAUCUGUUGAAAAUAAGAAAGAUAUCACUCUAAUGAAAGAGAUUUUGCCAGCAAUAAAGACCGAUGAAUUCACUGUGAUGGGCGACACAAAAAGUGGGCUGCAGGACUUUGACUCGGCAUAUGGCGCAGAGAAGUCAGCUUGUACAAAUAUUUCCACUACUGUGGAGAUUAUUGGACAGAGUGUUCAGCCCAGCCUUAAGAAAUCAAGUCUAGCAAUACCCUUAGUAAGACCCACCGUAGUUCCAGACCAUCACGGCUCAUUUGCCAACAAAUGUGAAUCCCUUGAUUGGGAAAUGGGGAAAGAUCUUAGCAUGGAUUCAACAGACAUGAGUAAACAGAAAGAAAACGUUAGCCAGCCGGUGGUAUUGAGACAGAAGCCCCUCAAAAAUGUAACAUUUAAAUACUUGGAUGACGAAUCUUCAAGCUCGUCUGGUGAAGAUUCCCCAACAAGUGACAACAUCGCGUUCAUGAUUACAAACACUGAGGUCCAGGCUCUAUCCAGUGGGGAAGUUAAUGAAAUUGUAAACAAAGGAGAAUACAUUCAUACUGUAAAUGUAGAUGCAAACCAAGAGAUGACUUCGCGUCAGGAGACGUACCAGGAGUUUGGCCCGGACAACUCGGUGCUCUACAUGGACCGAAAACCAGUCAUCAUCAUCUUUGAUGAGCCAAUGGACAUCCGAUCUGCAUACAAAAGGUUAUCCACAGUGUUUGAAGAAUGUGAUGAAGAGUUGGAAAAGAUGAUGGCUGAAGAAAAAAUAGACGAAGAGAGUGAAGGAUCGGAAACAUCGACCCUUGAAGAAACAUUGGAAGAACCCACAAAUAUUGGUGAUGAAGUACAAUUGAAAAACACGCCCCCCACUGCGGUGUCAACACCCAGCUUGGUGCGCGAUAAGACCAACAGCACCGUACAACUUUGUUCCACUGACGUCAGUGCGCCAAAAGAGAGUAAAUUUGGUGCCGCAGAAGAUGACUCCAAAUCAGAUUGCGUGGAAGGCGGCCCAUUUGCCUACAAGGCAGACACAAAGAAAAGGUUUAAGUUCAAAUUCCCCAAGAAACAGUUUGCAGCUCUGACCCAAGCUAUUAAAACCGGCACAAAGACUGGGAAGAAAACCUUGCAGGUGGUUGUUUAUGAGGAUGAAGAAGAGCCCGAUGGAACAGUGAAACGGCACAAGGAGGCAAAAAGAUUUAACAUUGAACAAUCCAAAAGCAAAGAUGAAGCCCCAGAACCAAGGGAACAUGGUUACACUGACGUGGCAUCCAAUCCAUCUCGAACUGACCAGAUUCGGAAAAAUACUUACAAGACAUUGGACAGUCUUGAGCAAACCAUCAAACAGUUAGAAACGACUAUUAGUGAAAUGAGCCCAAAGAUGUCGGAGGAAAAGUACACCACAUGCCCUUCAAAGAUCUGUGAAUCAUCUCAAGGGCCGGUAUCAGGGGAUGAAAACAAAUCACCAACUGAUUACCUGUUGCAUUCCUCUGCAAAGACCACUCAAACCACCAAGGUCAAACCGCCUCUCCUUCCAAAAAUCUCCACAAAAUCAAGUGAUCAGCAGGGUUCAAGUCUGAUGUCUCCAACCAGCAGAAUGCCUGUCUCUCUGGGAUCAAAGCUACGGCAGCAACAAGGAAGCACAGAAAAGGUGACAAAGCAGAAGCUUCAGGACUCCCAGCGACAGUUUCGACAGGCUAAUGGAAGUGCUAAGAAACCUGGUGGGGAGAGUAAGGCUACUUCCCCUACUUUACCUGCUUCUAAGAUCCCGGCCCCCUCUGCUAGCUCUGGGAAAAGUAGCUCUGUGACUGCUCCCAGCAAUGAAAGCACUAACCAGCCCAGUAAACAUCCCUUACCCACCGCUAAUUCCCUCACUCCAGUUGCAGGACGCAAUUCCCAUGCUCCAACUGUGUCCCAUAUUCCUUCUACCUCUAAUGGCUCGCAUAAGCUUCAUGCUCAUAGCCCUGCCCUAACAGGCAGAGGGCAGCCUCUUUCUUUUCCAAAUGGCAGGCCCUCUUCAUCUUCCUCAUCCUCUGGCCCCCCCCCGGUUUCUCCGACCUCACUGACUCAAGGAGCGAAAAGCAUCCGGACAAUUCAUACCGCUAGUUUUGCAAGCUACAAGCAACAGACCAUCAACCCCAGCAAAUCCACUGUCAAAGAAACGGCAUAGAGGCGUGGUGGAACCCUCCUUCAUCUUUCUUUGUUUUGUUCAACGUUGCAGUAGAUUGCUUUUCAUUUCAUUAUGAUUUUUAUAAAGUUCCUCACAUAAUGUGCAUUCAGCAUAGCCAGAAUUAACAGAUUGCUGUUGACCUACAAACACUGAAUUCCUUGUUUUUGAUGCAAAUGUGAAGUAACUUGCCUGUAAAUAAUUAUUCUAGUGAAGCCGAUUGAAAAUCAGCUGAUAUAAUAAAUACAAGAUUGGGUGUUGAGGUAUAAUGACCGUAGUAGCAAAGACAUUCACUCGCUGGCAACAUUUUUUCAAGCACAUUGUUUUUAUACAGAGUAUAUUUUCACAUUGUGCAGUUGGCAUUGCUUUAACUAUUGUAAAGUUUGAAUAAUAGACACUGGGAUAUUGAUUUUAAAACUAACAUAAAUUAUUCCAUACCAAAAUAUCACAGUACAGGGGGGAAAGCUGGGGAACUGUAAUAGAAAUAUGAAUAUAAGGUCAAAAGGUAAAACAUUAACUAAGUAACUGCACACAGUUUGCACUGAAUUAGGUUUUCUUCAGUAUAUUUGACAUUAGAUUGCUAUAGUAAGAAUAUGACAUAAAUGCUUUAUUUAAUGCUUGUUUUUUAAUUCUAGCAAGUGGGUUUUCCCUGCAGCUAAUAAUGCUAACUCAUGGACAGCUAGCUACCUGUAGCUUAAGGAGAUGAUCUGUUGCAUUUUCAUUGACCAUAGCUCGCUACAUAUUUCAUUAAAGCAAUCAAUUAAGUCUCCUUUUCCACAAUUAGGAGUUUAUAAAUAAUAAUGCUUCACAAGAUGACGAAAAGGGACAUGAUAAUGCUGAUCAAAUACAUUGUUUGGAUGAGUGCAAGACUUAUGUAAUGUUGUAGAUAUACUAUUUGUGUUGUACUGCCAUUCUCUCAAUAAUAAAAAUAUAAGUAUUGCUUUUUUGGAGUGAUUGAUGAAAUGCUGUUUCCUAUUUUGCAUCAGUUUUUAUGUAAAACUGACUAUUCUCUCUAAUUGCUGCAAGCUUUAUUUGUACUUCAAUUUAAUAGUUUAAUAGACAUAGUUACACAAUUGUUUGAAACUUUUUUUUGCCUAGAUUCAUAAAAGUGAAUGCUAGUCGUAGCUACAUUAAACAUUUUUUUAACCUAUAUUAAGAGACUUGUAAAACUCGCAAACCUAUAUGUUUUGUGUGUAUAUGAAGUUAUACACAAUAUCUGCUUAUAAAUCUGCAGGGAUGCUUAUAGUUUUCACUCUAGUACCAAAGUUUGUGUAUUCGCAUGUCUUUUUAUUAUAAGAUAUAUUUUAAGAAUCAGAUGGGAAUAUGUGAUCUAUAAGAUGGGGCAUGUUUGCACAUCCAGAGGUUUUUUUUUGUACAUAGGUUUGUUAUUUGUAAAACAUAUUAUAUUGUACAAGACUGCAUUGUGGUGAACUGCACACUCUAGCCAUGUGAAGAAGCAAUGAAAUAAAGGGCCGCAUGCUUGUAGUUC